AUGUCACUAAUGAAGACUAAUAUUCUGGUGCGUUCGCUGAGCACGUCUUCAGCAGCAGCUCAGCUUGUGAAAGCCCCAGUUCAGGUCUUCGGUAUCGAUGGCAGAUAUGCUACAGCCCUAUACUCAGCUGCCUCCAAAAAUAAAUCCUUGGACGCGGUUGAAAAGGAACUCACACAAUUCCAAAAAUCAAUUAAAACGGACGCAAAACUUAAAGAGUUUCUUUUGAACCCAGUUUUGAAACGGAGCAUCAAAGCAGAAGCUCUUAAGCAUUUAGCAUCAAAGACUAACAUGUCUCCAAACACAAGCAAUCUUUUAGGAUUGCUGGCUGAAAAUGGUCGCCUUGGAAAGUUAGAUGCCAUUAUCAAUGCCUUCAAGACAAUCAUGGCUGCUCACCGUGGCGAGGUUACUUGCGAAGUUAUCACUGCCAAACCCUUGGAUGCAGCCCAAAAACAGAAUUUGGAAGCUGCUCUAAAGAAAUUCCUCAAAGGAAAUGAGACUCUGUAUCUUACUGCAUCUGUGGACCCCUCAUUGAUUGGAGGCAUGAUUGUUUCCAUCGGAGACAAAUAUGUUGACAUGAGUGUUGCCAGCAAAGUCAAGAAGUACUCCGAACUUAUCAACGCUACUGCAUAA